AGUUGAACAAGCGCGUUUAGGAAAGAAUUUCGAUUUCUUGCCAGCAGCGCUUUCCACGCACAUUGCGACGUCACCCAGCCGUGCAUCCGACGAGCGUUCUUGCUGCCUGCCUCAAUGGCGGACCAGCGUCUCUCGCUCGCCUUGCUGCUGCUCGCCGUCACCAUCUCGGCGACCGCUGUGACGACAACGGUCGCCGCGCAAGUCAACACUCUCGUCAUCAGUAACUUAAACGGCAGCCUGACGAUCGACAACUACACCAUCAACGGCAACGUCGUGUACGACAGUGAAACAGGCGCCAAGGUCACGCCGGUCAAGAACCCCGACGGGUCGCUCACCGUGGAGGGCAAGUACACGUGGUUCCCGAACGGCACCAUCGCCGCGCCGGGCGUGACUAUAGUCAUCGACGGCGCGAAGAGCUUCGUCCAACUAGCCGGUACGAAGCUGUACGGCAAGGGUGGGAUUGCGAGGGAUGCGACCACGGGCGAGGUGCUGACGUGGGUUGAGAACCCCGAUGGUUCAUUCUCCGCCGGGGAUCUUACCGGCUGGGCGAACGGCACGUUCGUGGGGUCUAACGGCGUGGUGCUGCGAACGCGGCUCUCAUUCAAUCCGACUGGCGGCGGAGGCACCGGCACCGGCGGAAGCACCGGCACUGGCGGAAGCACCGGCACCGGUGGAGGCACCGGCAACGGCGGAAGUACCGGCACCGGCGGAGGCACCGGCACUGGUGGAGGCACUGGCACCGGCGGAGGCACCGGCACCGGCGGAAGCACCGGCACUGGCGGAGGCACCGGCACUGGCGGAAGCACCGGCACUGGCGGAGGCACCGGCACUGGCGGAGGCACCGGCACCGGCGGAGGCACCGGCACCGGCGGAGGCACCGGCACCGGCGGAGGCACCGGCACCGGCGGAGGCACCGGCACCGGCGGAGGCACCGGCACCGGCGGAGGCACCGGCACCGGCGGAAGCACCGGCACCGGCGGAAGCACCGGCACCGGCGGAAGCACCGGCACCGGCGGAAGCACCGGCACCGGCGGAAGCACCGGCACCGGCGGAAGCACCGGCACCGGCGGAAGCACCGGCACCGGCGGAAGCACCGGCACCGGCGGAAGCACCGGCACCGGCGGAAGCACCGGCACCGGCGGAAGCACCGGCACCGGCGGAAGCACCGGCACCGGCGGAAGCACCGGCACCGGCGGAGGCACCGGCACCGGUGGAGGCACCGGCACGGGCGGAGGCACCGGCACCGGCGGAGGCACCGGCACCGGCGGAGGCACCGGCACCGGCGGAAGCACCGGCACCGGCGGAGGCACCGGCACUGGCGGAGGCACCGGCACUGGCGGAGGCACCGGCACUGGCGGAGGCACCGGCACCGGCGGAAGCACCGGCACCGGCGGAGGCACCGGCACCGGCGGAGGCACCGGCACCGGCGGAAGCACCGGCACCGGCGGAAGCACCGGGACUGGCGGAAGCACCGGCACUGGCGGAGGCACCGGGACUGGCGGAAGCACCGGGACUGGCGGAGGCACCGGUAGCGGCGGCAGCACCGGCAGCGGCGGAGGCACAGGCAGCGGCGGGAGCGUUAGCGUCAACCCCGACGGGAGUGUGUCGUUCGGACCGGGAUACACUCUGCUGCCGAACGGCACGGUCGUGGAUUCCACUGGCGCGCCCGUCGCUCCCACCGCCAAUCCGGACGGAUCGUUUACCGUCGGUGGCAACUACACCGCAUACCCCAACGGCACGAUCAGUGCUCCCGGCGUCGUGAUUUCCAGCGGCGGCACCGGGUUUACCGUCGGGAAAACGACGCUCUUGGCUAAUGGAACGAUCGUGGACGCGUCGGGGAAGCCGAUUAAGCCGACGGCCAAUGCGGACGGUUCGGUGACAGCGGGAGACCUCGUGGUUUACCCCAACGGUACGGUUGUGGGCAAAGGCGGCGAGGUGGUGAACACCGGGCGUACAUUCAAUGUCAACCCCGAUGGCACCCUCGUUGCCUCCCCAACCGCCCCCGGCUCCCUCCCCGCCCCUGGCUCCAUCCCCGCCCCCGGCUCCGUCCCUUCUCCCAUCCCCUCCGGCCCCAGCGGCAGCAGCGUGAGCGUCAACCCCGAUGGCAGCGUGGCGUUCGGCCCGGGCUACACCCUCAUGGCGGAUGGCACUGUGCUUGACUCUACUGGCGCUUCCGUCACUCCCACUGCCAACCCUGACGGAUCGUUCACCGUCGGCGGUGAUUACACCGUCUACCCCAACGGCACGCUCGCUGCUCCCGGCCUCGCCAUAUCCACCGGAGACGCACCCAGCUACACGGUUGGCAGCACGACGCUGCUGGCCAAUGGCACGGUGCUGGAUGCUGCUGGAACCCCGAUCGUGCCAACAGCCAAUGCAGACGGGUCGUUCACUGCUGGCGACUUGACUGGGUUUGCGAAUGGCACGAUUGUGGGGACCAACGGCGCGGUGGUGAAUACCGGCAAGCAGUUUGCUGUCAACCCAGACGGCACCAUUGCUGUCUCUUCUCCUUCCGCACCUGGCUCCAGCCCAGCCCCCGGCUCUGUCCCAGCCCCCGGCUCUAUCCCUGCCCCCGGCUCCGUCCCUGCCCCUGGCUCCGUCCCUGCCCCUGGCUCCGUCCCUGCCCCUGGCUCCGUCCCUGCCCCUGGCUCCGUCCCUGCCCCUGGCUCCGUCCCUGCCCCUGGCUCCGUCCCUGCCCCUGGCUCCGUCCCUGCCCCUGGCUCUGGUUCCGUCAUCACCACCAACCCUGAUGGCAGUAUCACCUUAGACGGCAUCACCACAAUCUACAACAACGGAACCAUAGUAGACUCUAGCGGUGGGCCCUUCACGCCUCCACUGAACCAGGACGGGUCGUACGAGCUCUCAGGCUACAGCUACUUCCCUAUGAAUGGCACUCUGGCAGGGCAGGGGGUGGUGCUGCAGACGUUUGGUGAUGGCGGUGCUGCGGCUGGACCUGGCAGCGUGACGGUUGGGGCCACCACCAUGUUUCCCAACGGCACCAUUGUUGACGCCGCAACCGGGCAGCCAGUUGCUGCUACUCAGAACGCGGAUGGGUCGUUCACUGCAGGCGAUCUCACUGGGUGGCCGAAUGGCACUGUUACUGGCAGCAGCGGUGUGGUGGUCAGCACUGGCCUGGCUCUCACGGUCAACUCAGAUGGGACUGUCACCGCUGUUUCUCCCACUCCCGCCCCUGGUUCCGUCCCUGCUCCCGCUCCUCCUUCCUCCCCUUCUCCCACACCUGCUGAUACCACUGGCACCGUCACAAGGAACUCUGAUGGUAGCCUUACUUUCGAUGGCUACACCCUCUAUCAGAACAGCACCAUUGUGGACUCUCUUGGCGCAGUAGUCACUCCCACUCAAAACGCUGACGGCUCUUUCACGAUUGAAGAUGGCAAGUACUCGUAUCUCCCCAGCACCGGCACCCUCACUGCCCCUGGCAUCUCAAUCUACACCAACCCUGCAUCCGGCACGACUGACGGGUUCACUGUGGGCGGCACCACCAUGUACACCAAUGGCACCAUUGUGGACGCUGCUACAGGCACACGCAUCACUCCUACUGCGAACUCUGACGGCUCGUUCAUUGCAGGGGACCUGACCGGGUGGGCCAACGGCACUGUGGUUGGCAGCAACGGGCGGGUGGUGAACACGGGCCUGCUGCUCACUCUCAACACCGAUGGCACCGUGUCUUUCGGCUCUGCUUCUCCUGCCCCCAGUGGCCCUGCUGCGCCUUCCACCACCACUGGCACAGCUGCACCACCGCCACCCAGACCUGCUGGCUCGCUUGCAUCUCCCGUCAGUGCACUUGCCACUGCCAUCAUGGUUGCCCUCGGCUCCCUGCUCUUCCUCUAGGAAUCACGGGUGUCUGAAAGUACCUACCAAUUACACUCAAGGCAGGAUGCGUACAAGUAACAGGGAGGACAGAAGUGGCAGUUGUGCCAGUGCACCUGUAUGCGAGACUAGUACCGCACCAUGAUGUGGCAGCUCUCCUCCUGCAAGGGUUUUGUUGGUAGCUGGGGUAUUGUUGAAAACUGGAUUGACUGGCGACUGCGGUUGUGUGCGUGUUGCUUGUUGCGGGCAUUGACCGUCCAAGCCAUGCGGGGCAAUUGCAUCGUCGUAUAGGAGACCUGUCUAGCGAAAAUAAAUUAAGCUGAUUGAG